UUCUGAGGAAGUACCGUGGAGACACAGAGAGCCAGCCUGCCCUAGGGCACCUCAGGAGGGGACUGCAGGAGCUAGUGACGCUGAGAAUGUCGGAGACCUCCGGGACCACCUUUGGGGGCAGGAGAGCCAUUCCCCCGAACAACUCCAAUGCUGCAGAGAACGACCCCCCAACUGUGGAACUGCAGGGCCCGGUGCCCCGGGGCGUCAACCUGCAAGACUACCUUAAUGUCACGAAUGUUCACCUGUUCAAGGAGAAAUGGGAUACCAACAAAUUGGAUCACCACACUGACAAGUAUGACAGCAACAAGUUGAUUGUACGCAGAGGACAGUCUUUCUACAUCCAGAUCGACUUCAAUCGUCCAUACGACCCCAGAAGGGAUAUCUUCAGAGUGGAAUAUGUUAUUGGUCGCUACCCUCAGGAGAACAAGGGAACCUACAUCCCGGUUCCUGUUGUCUCGGAGCUGCAAAGUGGCAAGUGGGGGGCCAAAGUUGUCAUGAGGGAGCGCACGUCUGUCCGGCUGUCCAUCCAGUCCUCUCCGGAGUGCAUUGUGGGGAAAUUCCGCAUGUAUGUUGCUAUCUGGACCCCCUAUGGAGUAAUCCGUACCAGCCGAAACCCAGAAACGGACACAUACAUUCUUUUCAAUCCUUGGUGUGAAGAGGAUGCUGUGUACCUGGAUGAUGCUAAAGAAAGAGAAGAGUAUGUCCUGAAUGACAUUGGGGUUAUUUUUUAUGGAGACAUCAGUGACAUCAAGAGUAGAAGCUGGAGCUAUGGUCAGUUUGAGGAUGGCAUCCUCGAUGCUUGCUUGUAUGUGAUGGACAGAGCAAAAAUGGACCUUUCUGGUAGAGGAAAUCCCAUCAAAGUCAGCCGUGUUGGGUCUGCAAUGGUUAAUGCCAGAGAUGACGAAGGUGUCCUUGUUGGAUCCUGGGACAAUGUCUAUGCCUAUGGCGUUCCCCCGUCAGCCUGGACCGGAAGCGUUGACAUUCUGUUGGAAUACCAUAGUUCUGAAAAUCCUGUCCGGUAUGGUCAGUGCUGGGUUUUUGCUGGUGUCUUUAACACAUUUUUGCGCUGCCUUGGGAUACCAGCAAGGGUUGUUACCAAUUAUUUCUCAGCCCAUGAUAAUAAUGCCAAUUUGCAAACAGACAUCUUCCUGGAAGAAGAUGGGAACGUGAACUCCAAACUCACCAAGGAUUCGAUUUGGAACUACCACUGCUGGAAUGAAGCCUGGAUGACAAGGCCUGAUCUUCCCGUUGGAUUCGGAGGUUGGCAGGUGGUGGACAGCACCCCCCAGGAAAACAGUGAUGGGAUGUAUCGGUGUGGCCCGGCCUCCGUUCAAGCCCUUAAGCAUGGUCACAUUUGCUUCCAGUUUGAUGCACCCUUUGUUUUUGCAGAGGUCAACAGUGAUGUUGUUUACAUUACAGCUAAGAAAGAUGGCACUCAUGUGGUUGAAACUGUUGAUGCCACCCACAUUGGGCAAUUAAUUGUGACCAAGCAAGUUGGAGGAGAUGGCAUAAAGGAUAUCACUGAUACUUACAAAUUCCAAGAAGGUCAAGAAGAAGAGAGACUGGCCCUAGAAACUGCCCUGAUGUAUGGAGCUAAAAAGCCCCUCAACACAGAAGAUGUCACCAAAUUGAAGUCUGAUGUUGACAUGGACUUUGAAGUGGAGAAUGCCGUGCUGGGAAAAGACUUCAAGCUCACCAUCACCUUCCGGAACCAAAGCCCCACUCGCUACACCAUCUCAGCCUAUCUCUCAGGCAACAUCACUUUCUACACUGGGGUCUCCCAUGUGGAAUUCAAGAACGAGACAUUCAAGGUGACGCUGGAGCCCUUGUCCGUCAAGAAAGAGGAGGUGCUGAUCAGAGCGGGCGAGUAUAUGGGCCAGCUGCUGGAACAAGCGUCUCUGCACUUCUUUGUCACGGCUCGCGUCAAUGAGACCAAAGUUGUUCUGGCCAAGCAGAAGUCCACUGUGCUGACGAUCCCCAAGGUCAUCAUCAAGGUCCGUGGGGCCAAAGUGGUCGGUUCUGACAUGGUUGUGACAGUUGAGUUCACCAAUCCUUUAAAACAGACUCUGCGAAAUGUUUGGAUAUACCUGGAAGGUCCUGGAGUGAUAAAACCAAAGAGGAAGUUGUUCCGUGAAAUCCCGCCCAACUCCACUGUGCAAUGGGAAGAAGUGUCUCGGCCUUGGGUGUCUGGCCGUCGGAAGCUGAUAGCCAGCAUGACCAGUGACUCCCUGAGACACGUGUACGGCGAGCUGGAUUUGCAGAUCCAAAGAAGACCUGCUGAGUAAACGCACAGGGCCUGAGAUGGACCUGGACACUUUGCCUCUUGUAGUCUUGGCUCAGAAAAUUCUACUGCAAAAAUAGUCAGCUCCUGCUUUAGCUUAGGUGUGAAGACCCAGAAAGGACUGGAUAGGACCCCAGAGUAGGGACACCGUGUAUUUCAAAGACACACUUUUCCAAACCCAGGCUAUUCAGUGUGGAACUUAGUUUUUAAUCGCUUUACCUUUCAAAGGAUUCUGAGCAUUACCUUUAAUUAAGCUCUAAUUAAGUUCUCUUGGCACAUAAGAGUAAAAGUUAUCAUUUAUCAUCACAUAUGGCUGCAGCUCCAGAUAUCAGAGGACUUCCCUUAGCAAGAGGAUUCGCUCGAUACCUGGUCUCAUGUAAAACAAGACUUCUGAUCCCCCACCCAGCCUUUUGGGGGUAACAUACUCCCCAACAGGAGGGAAGCACAUGAUUUGGGCCCUAAAUUCUGUUCCCCUUACUUGGAAUCAGCUUCUACCCUCCAUGUCAGAAUACGUUUCUCAGGAAUUGAGUACAACAUCAUCUUUCUUCUUGGCAAAGCCAGGGAAAGGUCUUUCAUCUCGCACCUGCAGCAAAGUGACUGCCUGCCAAAUUUCACAGAAUUACCCUGUGAGAAGAUGUGGCCCCAUAUUAACAAAUUGCAUUUGUGGGAAACUUAAUCACCUUAGAGGAGAUAAGAAAGCAGAUGUGAUAAUCAGAUCUAUUAAAUAAUGUAAUUUUAUGGUGCCUUUUAUAAGAGGGGUCGCACUGUGGCCUGAUCCGCAGGAACCAAUCUCCCUUACUUUAACCCUUUCUGGCCUGCAGUAUUAGAAAGUCACGAGGCUGAGUUUGGGACAGGAAUGAGGAAUUAGUCUCUUCAAUUAGUGAUUAUACUCCACCUGUCUCUCUGGGAUCAUCUCGUUCACACAACGAUGCAAGCCCAGGUACAUUUUUAGAGACAAAAUAACCCCAACGCUUGAGAGAAGCUGGCAGAUUAGUGGCCAGAAGUGUGGAAGGAUGGGCAGCCACUAAUUCUCUCUUGUCCUUCACACAGCCCGUGCUGAGACCUGAGCUCAGCACUCAGGCGCUGCCUUACAAAUGGCCAAUCCUCCAGCCAACCCAAUGACAGAGGACGCUGACAUCAUUUGUAUUGUACUCCAAGGUUCCAACAGACAAGGCUACCCUGAUAUUUAUUUGCAAGGCUGAUUUAUGGUCAAAAUUACCCGCUGAUAUGCCUAGGGUGUGAUUUAGGUCAGUAAAUUGUGAUUCUUAGCAAAAAAAAAAAUGAACAGUGGGAAGGAAGUCAGGGGAAAAGCCAGAUUGGAAUUCUCUGAUCUGUGUAACCACAUUUCUAUGCCUCUGAGACUGUUCCUCAGCCUUCGGCACCAGGAACCCAGGAGGGUUAGCUGGGCCCUCUGUAGGUACAUCAUACCUAACGCUGUUAAGUAAUCUCCCAGCAUUUGCCAAGCCUUCUGAUGCUCAAUUUUAAAAUAAGAUGCAUUUUGCUAGACUGUUAAACUGGCUUAACAUAGCGUAUUCUUAUCAACUAGAAUGUAAUCAAGGCUUAAAAUAAAGUUAAUCUGAUUGUAUUUUCA